CAGCAACAGCUAAACGUCGUGUCAGGUUUCUGGAGGCAAGUGCUAAAUUUAACCCUGUGAUCCUGCAACAGGCAGAGGGGUUUAAAUGCCAGCCUACAGUUGCUCCUCACCAGUUGUUCUCCACACGUCUUCCACUCAUCACAAACUCAGGCCAGGAGGAAGACAAGCAUACACUCCAACAUAAGCUCCAGACGCAGGACCGAAGAGUAAAGAGUGGUUCCUAAGGGAAAGCAGGAUCCUUGCUCCUUUACUUUCAGACCACAGUUGCCCACCAUGGAGCUUUUCGAGACCAAUCCUUACUUUUUCCCUGACCAGCGCUUCUAUGAAGGAGGGGACAGCUACUUCCCCUCUCGCCUGCCCGGGGCUUAUGACCAAACUGGGUACCAGGACAGAAACUCCAUGAUGGGGUUGUGCGGGAGCCUCCCUGGAGGCGUUGGGGCGCCCGCCACUGAGGACAAAUCAUCUCCAUCCAGCCUGUCACCUCACUCUGAGUCUCACUGCCCCGGCCAGUGCCUGCCCUGGGCCUGUAAGCUGUGCAAAAGAAAGACGGUGACGAUGGACCGCCGAAGAGCAGCCACGCUGAGGGAGAAGAGACGCCUAAAGAAGGUGAACGAGGCCUUCGAUGCUCUGAAGAGGAGCACCCUGAUGAACCCCAACCAGAGGUUGCCCAAGGUGGAGAUCUUGCGGAGCGCCAUCCAGUACAUUGAAAGGCUGCAGGCUUUGGUGUCCUCCCUGAACCAGCAGGACACAGAGACGGGACAGCAGGGACUGCACUACCGACCCAGCCCGGCCCAGCCACGAGUGUCAUCGUCAAGCGAACCCAGCUCAGGCAGCACCUGCUGCAGCAGCCCGGAGUGGAGCAGCACUCCCGAGCAGUGCCCGCAGAGCUACAGCAGCGAGGAUCUUCUGAGUGUCGCCGACUCUCCAGAGCAGAGGAACAUGCGCUCCUUGACUUCUAUCGUGGAGGGCAUCUCUGCAGCUGAUGGACCUGUCACCUUUUCUGUGGACAUUCCCAAAUAGAACCACCAGAACUAUCCUGGCACAAAAAUCCUAAACUUCCUUUUUUUAAAUUCUGGUUUGAGUGUUUUAUUUUAUGCAAAAUUAUAAAAAAUGUCAUUGAACUUUGUUCCUAUGGUCUUCAAGCCAGAACCAAUUCUUCCUUUCCUUAUUGGCUGCCCUUUCCCAUGAUUCACAGGACUUUGUUGCAUGAACACCUAGUUACUAGAGUGGAUCUCUCGUAUAUGUUUGCUUCCAGAAUCAAAGAUUCAAAUGACAAAGCUUGAUUCUUCACUUUACUUAAAUUAGAUGUUCCUCUUUUCGAAACCUUUCCCCUAUUUCUUCCAUUCUUUUUGUGUGAGUUUUAAAUGUUCAAACAAAACAUGAGUUUAUUUGUGGGGCCAAUAUGUACCAUGGCAGUUUUGACCAAGAUCUGCUUAAUUUAAACAGGUUAUAAAUGCCAGUGAUGUAAAUACGUUCCCUUUUUUUUCUACAGAGUGGUUUUGCUAUUUUUAUUUUUUGCUAACUUAUUUUUGACUUUUAUAACUAAGAUUGUUGUGCAUUUGUAGAUGUUUUCAAAGGUGAUAUUUUCUUUUCAGUUCUUGCAAUAAAGAAGCAUUUUCAAUA